ACUUCAUAUUAUUCACACUGCUUUCAAACGAGGUUUUACUCAAAACGACUGGCAAAUUGAAGAUAUUUUAUACGACUUUUGGUGUUUUUUUCUCCCGAUCAUCAGUUCGGCGUGAAGAUUACUUGAAAGUAGUAGAAACUAUUGGCGUAGGCGUUGGUCGAUUUAUGAAACGCUUUGUGAUCACUCGUUGGAUCGAAGUAGGUCCAGUUAUUAAACGGAUAAUCGAUCAAUGGCUGAUUCUCAUCGAAUAUUUCCUCGUGUAUUUACCAAAGAUUGACAAAAAAAUUAUAAAUAAUGAUAGGUGGAAACGAAUCAAAACUCAACUCGAACAAAAGAAAACACUCGUUCGUUUACAUUUUAUUCUCUACGUUUAUCGGCAUAUAUUCUCAAAACCACUGACCUGGUUACAACAAAAGCAACCAUUGAUUCAUCUGCUAUUCGAAGAGUGUAGUAAUCUAUUUCGCAAUAUACUGAUAAGUUUUAUUAAAGAUGAUUUAUUGACAAACAAAACUGUAAAACAACUGCUCUCAAUUUCUUUCGAUUCUCAAGCUAAUGAAAAGCCAGAUUCGAAACUCGCAAUUGGUGAAAUCACACGCAAUGAACUUCAAGAAAUGCCAACAAAUGAAAAAAUCAAAUUUAUGCACGACGUUCGCGAUAUUUACAAAACUAUUGCGCGAGAAUUGACACGUACAUUACCAGUGACCAACAAAUUUUUACAGAACCUUCAAUUCAUGCAUCCACUUCAACAGCAUCAUGAAUCUUCCAGUAAAAGUCUAAUGAUUAUCGCACGUGACUUGCCUCAACUACUAUCGGAUGGCAAUCUUGAUUAUUUGAAUGUCGAAUGGCGUUUAUAUGAAAAUGAAACCAUUCCAGAAGAGUGGUAUCAACAAAAAACCACCAGUGGUGGUUCUGAUGAAGUUAUAAAGUGUCAUCCAAUCGAUAAUUAUUGGAAACAUGUUUUUGCAGUAAAAACCAGUUCAGGGAUUGCCAAAUUUGUCGUAUUACCUAAACUCAUCAAGAGUCUUCUAUCACUUUCACAUGGUAAUGCCGAUGUUGAACGUGGCUUUAGCGAAAAUGCAGCACUAAUCACCGACGAUCGAUCAUAUCUAAGUGACAUCUCCAUCAACGGACUUCGAGCAACGAAAGACGCCGUUAAAUUUUACGGACAAGGAAAAGUUCACGAAGUUCCAAUUUGCAAAGGACUUCUUGAGAAUGUCAAGGAAGCACACUCACGAUAUCAAGUUGACCAAGAAAGAAAACAACGAAUACUCAAAGAAAAAGAAGCCAUUGAAGCUGCUGCAAAAUUAACGAAAAACAAAGAACUAAUUUUGGGCGAAAAAGAGCAACAUCUAAUCGAUCAACGCAAGAUCUUACAGGAAGAUCUAGAAAAUGCAUCUAAAAUGCUCACCGAAGGCAACUCACAUCUCGAAGCUGCAGUUGCAACGAAAAGCUUUGCUGGUGUCGAAAUGGCACAACUACUUAUCGGAGGCGCGAAGAAAAAGUUGGAUGUUUUGAAAACACAACUCGGCGAUAAUACUGAUCAAAUGAAUCAGCUCAGAAAAAAAUUGAAAAAAUGA